AGAAUGCCAUAGGUUGAAUGUGGAACAACGGGAGGCAACACUGACUUGACAAGACACAUGAAGAUGAGGAGAUAACAGAGGUGUCCUUGGUACAGUGCCAGCAAGAGCAGAGUUGCUGGAAACUGUCUAUCUCAAGAUGGAAGAACCAGCGUCUGAUAAAUUGACAUCUUUAUGCAAUACUCCAAAGGACUCUGGAGCAGCUCCGCAGAGGACUGGUUCAGGGAAGCAGCCAAUGAGUGCAACACUAAGGGAACGAUUAAGGAAAACAAGACGUUCAUUUAAUGCUAAUUUUACUGUGGCAAAGCGACUCAGAAUAGACAAUGAAGAAAAAGACUGUGCUGAUGUUGACAAAGAGCAUCUGCCAAAAAAGAGUGUGGAUUGUUCCAGGUUACAAGAUAGUUCUGAAAGCCUGGAAGGAAACCGCACUGGGCAUACAUGUUUCAAAAGUCCCUCACAGGACAACAAUGUCUGUGAAUCAGGAGAGAAUGGGGUUAGGGUUGAUCUUAGCCAGCAACAGUCCCUGGAAGAAAAAGUAAGGCUGGUGAAACAAGUGCAAGAGAAGGAAGAAUUACUUCGAAGGCUCAAGCUGGUCAAGAUGUACCGAUCUAAGAACAACCUGUCUGAACUGCAGGCUUUGAUAGUGAAAUGGAGAAGCAGUACCCAGCUGAUGCUCUACGAGCUACAGUCAGCUUUUUCUGCAGAUGGCAAGAAAGUGAGUCUCAGUCAGCUGAUAGAUUCUUUUGGAUUAGAAGACCAGUUACUGCACUACAGCAGAACAGAAGAAGAUUUUGUAGACACCUAACCUACUGGUGCAAAGCUUUCAAUUACACACAUACAUAUUCAGAAAAGACUGAAUGAAUUCUGAUAACCUUAGAAGUGUUGAUCAGACAGUGAACUUUGUUUUGCCAGGAGGUUUUCUCAUGAGCUACUGGUGAAACUGUACAUGUAUAUGGUAGGCAUUGUAAAAGGUAUUGCUUUAUGGGAAAGACUGAAUUCAUGCUGACUUUUGGAAAACACAGCACUUUUCAGAUGCUGGUCAAAAGUUUUCAGUUGCCUUUAGGGGAACUGUUCCUCCUAACCCUUCAGCCACAGCCUGUGGUAGUAGAAGGGAAGGUGAGAAAAUUGGAAUUAACGUUUGUCUGCUGUACUAUGUUAUGUGAAAGCUGCACUCUUUUUUUUUUUUUCCUUUGUAUAAGAAAAGGACUUCUUUGUCUAAUAAAGUGCUUCAACUACAGCAUUGCUUACCUUUCUGUGGUAAAGCUGAAUAAAACAUCAGCAUUUCAUUUAUCCUCCAAU